AUGAUCUUCCACCACAAGUCCAUAAUUUUGAAUUCCACCCCCUUGUCCUGACCUUCAGGUUGUGGAUUUGAAUGUCCUUGGUCCUCUCUCUAUCCGAAGCCAGUAGCAAAUCCAGUUUCUUGGUUGUUGUCGAGAAGAAAGAUUCAAGUAGUCAUGAUCCUUCUGAGAAGAGCAAGAUUGUAUUCUCUCUUCCUAAUGUGUCAUUACGCGGUGAAACUUUGCGUUGGGGGGGAUGUCAUUACAGCAUCUGGCUACAUCCGAGACCCUGGAAGUAUAACAUCGAGUGGAGGUCUCUACAAAUUGGGAUUCUUUAGCCCUAAUGGUUCUGCAAAUCGAUAUGUUGGAAUUUGGCAUAACAAGAUUCCUGCAUAUAAUAUCUUCUGGGUGGCGAACAGGGAGACACCGAUUUUAGACUCUUCAGGUGUUGUGAUAAUAUCUGAUGACGGAAAUCUUGUGAUCACGAAUGGAAAGAAGGAAGUAGUUUGGUCGUCGAAUGUUUUGACGUCUGCUACAAAUAGAACAGCCCAAUUAUUAGAUUCUGGUAAUCUUGUCCUGCUCAAACAAGGUUCAAGCUCCGGGGCAAAUGAUUUGGACAUACUCUGGCAAAGUUUUGACCACAUGUCUGACUCAUUCUUGUCAAAAAUGAAGCUAAGCACUAACGUAAGGACAAACGAAAAGAAGUUUGCCUCAUCUUGGAAAUGCCCUUCCGACCCAUCAGUUGGAAGCUUCAUGAUUACCCUGGAACCGCUGAACAUUCCUGAAGUUGUCAUUUGGAAUGGCAGCAUCCGGUAUUGGCGGAGUGGUCCAUGGAUGGGUAAAGGUUUCAUUGGAAUAGCCGAGAUGCAGACCGUCCAUCCUGAUGUGUUUAACAUAUUAGCUGCUAAGGAUGGAACUAUGUAUUAUACUUACAAUUUUGCUGAGCCGCAUUUUUCAUACUUCGUACUGAAGCCCAAUGGAAAUUUGGUGCUGCCAUUCUGGCAUGAAAAAGAGAACUACUGGGAAAUUUUUUGGUCGUCUUGGGAGAGUGAAUGUGAUGUUUAUGGCAAGUGCGGGCCGUUCGGAAUCUGCGAUGCCAACACAUCACCUAUUUGCAACUGCGUGAGAGGCUUUGAGCCUAAAAACAUUGAAGAAUGGAGCGGAGGGAAUUGGUCCGGGGGAUGCGUCCGGAUGUCAUCACUGCAAUGUGAAAGGAUAAACAAUGGUAGCACUAAAGCGGGAAAAAAGGAUGGAUUUAUGAAGAUAGAGAAUGCAAAAGUGCCAAAUUAUGCAAUUAGGGAUUCCCCGUUGGAAGACCAAUGCCAGAAGCUGUGCUUAAGUAAUUGUUCCUGUUUAGCAUAUGCAUAUGAAGCUGGCAUCGGUUGCAUGUACUGGAGCGGAGACCUAAUUGACAUACAGAAGUUCUCCAUGGCCGGAACUGACCUUUACAUCCGACUCAACCACGCAGAAAUUGGUGAGUUCAUUCAUCAAUCUAAGUUCUGUACAAUUUGGUAUCCUAUCGCAACUGAUUCCUAG